CUGAAGUUGAUCGUAUUCUUUGCUGUACCGUAACACUACACAUCACAGAUGAUCAUUUAACAGGAAACAUUUUCACAUCAACUCUGAAGUCAACAUCAUGGACGUCCAUACGUAUCUCUGUUUAUCCCUUCUGAUUGUAAUGGCCAUAAACGGUCUCUGAUUUUGUGUUUCGGGUGUGUUUGGUGAUGAAGUGAAGUCAGUGUCAGUGAUGGAGGGACAUUCUGUUACUCUACACACUGAUACUCAACUACAUGGAGAGGAUGAGAUACGCCUAUUGUGGAGCUUUGGACCUGAAAACAUUGUUCUUGCAAAAAUCGACAGAAAAGACAAAAGCAUCAAGUUACCUGAUGAUUCGAUAUUCAAAGACAGAGUGAUGAUGAACGAUCAGACUGGAGAUCUCACCAUCACACACAUCACAUCUCAACACUCUGGACUUUACACACUUAUGAUCCGCAGAAACCAGACAGUCCAACGUCCAUACAACACGUUCAGUGUUACUGUCAAUACUCGUCUGUCUGUUCCAAACCCAUACAGAUGUGUGCUCAACAAUCCCAUCACAAACCUCACACAACAUCUACACAUCACUCAACUCUGUCAUCCAAGUUCAGUCUCUUCAGACCCUCCUACCACAGAGGUCAAUACAAUACCGGUUGUAUUUGCUCUUGUGAUCUGUGUGAUCUUCAUCAUCAUCAUCUUCAUCAUCAUCAGUGUGUACAUGCACAAAAGAAAGCACUAUAAAGCAGGUCUCAUAAAAACAUCACAUGGUGAAGUUCCUCAGACGGAUGAAGAGAGCAGUAUAGACUCCAGCAGCACCUCUGAUGGAGGAGUGUUAUGAUUCUGUCCUUCUUGUCAUCAGUUUUCUAGUCCUGUGGACUGAGUCAUGACAGAAGCAUCAUUAAACAUGUUUUAUGCCGAGCAUAAGAACUGCUACAUGCAGAUGACAGCUUUGUCACUUAAACAGACUAAUCUACUGUAGACUAGAUCUUUGGACUACCACACAUCUGCACUGUUUUAUAUUUCAUAUGUCAUUAGAUACCUUAUUUUUCUCUUUUGAAAUAUCCCUGCUUGUAGAAGUUUUAUUUUACAUAUAUAAUGAUCUGCGUUUAUUUGUUUUUUUCAAUAUAUAGUUUUAUUCUGUGUAGUGUUAUUUUUAUGCACAAUGGGUCUGAGGGUAACACAAUUUCAAUCCUCUAUAUGUGUGUACUUUACAUGUGGCAGAAUUGUCCUUUAAAUAAAUAAAAUAUCAGCUUCAAACUUU